GCCUUGGGCUGCGCAGGGCCGGGCGGGAACCGCGGCGCGGCAGGCGAAGAGACGCCGAGAAGUGGGCGACAUGUUCCAGGGCCCGGAGAGCGAGGGUAGCCGGGCAGGCUCCAGGGCCAUGAAGCCCCCAGGAGGAGCAUCGAGCGAUCUUUUUGGAAGUUCAGAAGAAGGUGUGCCUUCAAGCAGGCCCAACAGGAUGGCAUCGAAUAUUUUUGGACCAACCGAAGAAACUCAGAACAUGCCUAAGAGGACCAACCCCCCAGGGGGCAAAGGAAGUGGUAUCUUUGACGAAUCAACGCCUGUGCACACUCGACAGCGUCUGAACCCACCUGGUGGGAAGACCAGUGACAUUUUUGGGUCUCCAGUCAGUGCCACUUUGCCCUUGGCACACCCAAACAAACCUAAGGACCACAUGCUCUUGUGUGAAGGAGAAGACUCAAAAUCGGACCUUAAAGCCGCAGUGAGCACCUUGCCCAGAGAAGAGCCGGGUGAGAAAGGCGCCCUGAGGGAAGUGGACCAUGCCCAGGAGCCGCAGCCCACGCCCGUGGUUGACAGCCAUGAGCCCAGGUUGGGCCCACGGCCGCGAUCUCACAACAAAGUCCUGAACCCACCUGGAGGCAAAUCCAGCAUCUCCUUCUACUAGAGAAGCCAUUGCUUCCCCUGUAGCCAUACAAGAAACGUGAGAGAUAGGAUUUCAAAUACUAUAGUUUCCUUUAGCCCAGAGGAACAGGGGUGGGGACAGGGUCUGUCAUGUGUCUGAAGCCGCUGCUCAGGCUCAUUGCCACCAUGGGAGCCACAGAGGACCUUGCCUUCCAGACUGCCAAGAGACACAUCUUUAGGGGGAUAAAAUGUGACUCCUUGGUGAGAGCUCAUUUGUAAUUCUGGAUGUGAGAGGAACUCUACGAUGGCCAGGUGGGGAGCUGGUACAAGGCCACGGGGGACCUGAUGAAGUGGGGCAUCUUCCAUGUCUUUAUUUGCAUCGGCGUUCCACCAGCCAAUUGGGUAUCUAGGAAUCUUAACACAGCAGCAGAGUUAAAAGCCUUUGAAAUUAAGCCAGAAACAACCUGUCUGUUAGGCGUAAGCUGAAACACUUACUGGGUGUCUCUGAAUAAAUCCCCCCCUCAGUUCCUAAUACUGUUUACCUUUCAUGGAUACCUCUCCGUUCCUGGGACUACCGCUGCUAAACCCCGAGGUCGCCUUUUCACUCAGCCCCAGUGCGUUCUGCAGUGUUUUCUUGAAACAUCUUGAUUGCUUUUCCUUGGCAGCUGUCAACAAAACCCAAAAAGUUCUCUGUCUUAUGCUUUAUGGGGAGAUUUCAUCCCCUGGUCCUCUGACAGGAAUCUGACUUUCGCUCCCAAGGUCUGGUCUUAGUCUCUUCAUGGACCGGUUUUGCUUGUGAACGGCUCCUUUUUUCUCCUCUUGUCCUCUUUAAGUCUUGGCCUUUGUUUUUCUGCAAUAAUAUGGACAGUUCCUCUAUCUGCGAGACCCACUGACAUCUGCAAGACUAACUCUCCAGCCAAGUACAUCCAGGUAAUGGGGCUAUUUUAGUCCUUCACUUGUCUUUCUUCCUGUUGACAUUGGGAAGAAGAGAUGCUUGAGAACCUUGGGUUCUUAGGUUCGAAUUUUUAAUCAUACCUAAAGAGCUAUUCUAAAACACCAGCUUUCCAUAAGUGAGUAUUGACUCUGGUCUGUUUCUGACACAUUUCUAGAAAAAAGCCAGUCGCUCACAUACACCAAAGAAGAAGAAAAGUUUGCUUAGGCCACCCUUUAUAAAGCUUUGCAGAACCUCUGGACCAUGUUCAGUUUCCAGAAGAGACUUAGAGACCUUAAGCUAGGAGAAAACUAGUUUGGCAGCAAAACCUCACCUGGCCAAUUCCAUAUUUACCAAAAAAGAUAAUGGGUUGGCGAGAGUCAUGUUGCUUUAAUCGGUCAGGCAGACGUUUCUCUCAUUCAGCCUCUUAAGGGCUACAUUCUAUUCACUCGUGUGGUGCUGGCUGUUGCGAGUGCCUACGGAGCUAAUAAUGCCAGGUGCUAGAACUGUCUUCAUCGUUACUAACAUUGAGAAAAGCAACAACUGUGUUUAGUUACACUCCCAGCAGCAGGCCGAGACACUUAAGUGCCUGCACGAGCCGCCUGCCAAGCCCCACUUCUUACAGCCCCCACAUUGUGGGGAUCCGCAUGUGGCUUUGUCAACCAAAGAGUUUCCUUCCUUUCAGUUGCCCUGUUGACUCUAGAGCGAAGAAACACUCAUUCCAUGUGACUUGAUCAAGUACUUCCUGUCUCUAUCCUUCAAAUGGCCGUUUAUGAGAAAGCUGUUUGGAAUUCAGAGCAUUUGUUCCCCCAUUUCAAAAUGUCAUAAAUGGUGGUGAGCUUCUAAGCGCAAACACACUAACUUGUUUAACUUACAGUGAAAUGUUCUAAUGGUGGAAAUGGACUGCAAUUUAUAACUUUUGUUUCCUAAUAUACAAGAGAAUGAUUUGUGGAUUCCAAAUUGGGUUGCCAGGAAGAAUCCUGACACUAGUGCUGGCCCUUGGGGCUUCGCCCCCACCCUCACUGUCAGCUGAGUGAGAGAGAGGCUCUCUGGUUCUGUCCACUGGGAGGGAUUUCUGGGGUGGAGAUGGCAGAAACCUGAGAUGAGAAGAGAGGCCUGGGGGAAUGAGGAAAACAUGGCUAUAGCAAGAGCCCGGCAGGAGUGACAGUUCCCUGCCUUCCGUUUCCCCCCAUCAUCCCCCCGUUUCCCUUUCUGGGGCCAUAGGAGUGGGCUUAGAGUGCCUGGGCAGUCUGGUCACCGGAGAGGCAGAAGACAAGUGUGCUCAUGUGAGCAGGAAUGGGAGUGGUUGUCUGUAUUUGGAAGACUUGUUAACUCAGCAUCCUGUUCUCAACCUCUAAGCCGCAUUGAGAAAUUACCAGUCUGUAUGUUUAUUAAGCCUUAAAAACUUUUUAUGUGCAUUUGGUGCCAACUUUUUUCUAGAGCUGUAUCAAAAACAACAACAAACCUGUACUCACAUCACAUUGUAAUUUUGAUAGGAACAUUUUGUUACUUUUACAAGGUGGACUUGGGUGUAACAAUUGAAUUAAACUUAGCAAUCAUGCACUGA